AUGUCGCAAACUUUGGUACUUUUGAGCUUAUAUUUUUCAUUUACACAGGGAUCUUGGUGGCGCCCCCAUCAGCACAUGUACUGGAACGAUGUGAUAAGUGAACAUCACAUCAACACUGGUGUUCAGGGAGAAGAAGUUUUCGUCCUCGAUUUGUUUGAUGUACCUAAAAGUAUCAUCGAUGAUCUCCACAGGAAAGGAAAGAAGGUUGUAUGCUAUUUUUCUGCUGGAACGAAAGAAGAUUGGCGAGCUGAUGCCAGCAAAUUUCCACGCGAUGGACUUGGAGACCCUAAUAAGGACUGGCCAGGCGAGACGUGGGUUGAUAUCAGAAAUAGUCAUGUUCGACGAAUAAUGAGAGAUCGGAUUUCAUAUGCAGCAUCCCGACAUUGUGAUGGUGUUGAUCCGGAUAAUGUUGAUGGAUGGGCACAAAAUCAAGCAGGACUCCAUUUAACACCAGCUGAUCAACUGGAUUAUAAUAGAUAUUUAGCGAGAGAGGCGCAUGGACAUGGUUUAGCUAUAGGACUAAAGAACGAUGUAAGCCAACUCAGUGACCUGGUAGGCGACUUUGACUUCGCCAUAAACGAAUCCUGUAUGAAUUAUCACGAGUGUGGCCGGUACAAACCUUUUUUUGAUGCACGGAAGCCGGUGUUCCACAUCCAGUAUGUUCAUUCUACGACUGAAGGUCAUCAAAAGCAGCACGAGAUCUGUUCAUCCUCUGAUCGACCACAUGACAUGAAUACAAUAAUCAAGGUUAAGACUGUGAACUGGAAACUUGCCUGUUAAUUUCUUAUCCAGUAAAGAGCAUAUUUGUGUUAUACUUGUUUUUAUUGAAAUCGCUCUAUCAAUCGACGUUACAUGUAUUACUU